ACUCUUUUAUUUAUCAUAAACUUGUCACUCAAAAAAAUCUUAUCCUUCUUUUCCAAAGAAGUUCAAAAAGACUGCAAAAGAAAAGGAGUACAUGGAUUUAGAUUCCCUUUUAGAUACAUUAGAAACAACCGGACAUAGCGGGCAAGUUUUGAGCACCGAAGAAGGAAUAAUACUCUACAAUUCCUUGUUACUACUUCAAAAUGAAAAUCAUUUUCGGAAAAUUUACUUUUGGGGUCGAAUUUUUGGUGUGGAAAAAGAUUAUUUCUUGGCUUUCGGUUAUGUAAAAGAUGCGUUACUGGGUAAAAUAUUUUAUUAUAGCACGAAUUGUAUUGAUUGGGGACUAUUGCCUCAUCCAACAGAACAAGGAAAACUUUUAACACCACUUUGUGUAACGAAAUUUCACGGAGAUCCAGCUCUAGUAGUUGAUAUUCUUAUCGAAAAAGAUGAAACGUCUUUGGGACAUGUUUUCCAUGCACCACAAAUACGGAAGUUAAAAGAAGAAGAUAGACUAUCAUGUACUGUUUAUUAUAUAAACGAAGAAGCCAUAAUCGUACCAAGAGGUGCUUUAUUUAAACGGCCCGAUGGUGUAAACGUUGAAAAUCUGAGCUUCGAAGGACUCGAAAGAUUGGAAGCUCAAGAAAUCGCAUCGUUUUUACAUUAUAGAAUUCCGCGUGAAAAAUGGAAUACAAAUUUAUUGACUAGGAGCGAUUAUAAUUACGCGAUGGAUUUUUUAGAUCCCAUCGAUAUGGAUAUUCCGGGUGGUUGUUGGAUGAUUCAGGUCACUGCGGGUGGAAUAAUGCAAGUUUUACAAUCGAUGUAUUGGCCUGGAUUUGUUUUUUUCCAUAAAAUCGGAACCACUAAAUAUGGAUACGCUUAUUUUGGACAUGGAAAAAAAGUUAUAGAUGUACCUUUUAUGAUUCCACCUAUUUAAUCGUUUAUUUAUUAUUUAAAAUAAAAGUGUUGAAGGAAAUAAAUUUAAAACUAAA